GAAAAGCUGGCCAGUAGGCAAAUCACUUUUUUGUAUGGAUGUGACCUGCAAAUAUUGGCCCUACCUCCAAAGAGUUGCAAAAAGCUGCCCAGAGCUCCAGCACCUUCUUAACAUGAAGCCCUUCCUUUCAGUCUUCCAUGCCAAAGCCCAUGAUUUUAAAUGCGAGGUGAAAUGGAGUGGGGCAUAUCAGGAUGGGGCUGGUUUAACACUAGGGGAGGAGGUGGAACAGUGCAAUGCUUUCCUGUCUAGGAUUGCAGUGACCACAAAACACAUGUCCAAACCAGGACGCACAGACAUGCUGACUCUCAUGGCCAUGCGCUGGAAUCAGCAAAAGUUCAAUAAUUUGGCCACCGCACUGAGCCGCCGUUAUCAGAAGCAAUAACAACAACAACCACAAAUGAUGUUGAUGCCUUGGCCAGCAGAAUUGAGGUGCUGGUGGCGAGUAUCAAGAGACGUAAAGAUACUGAUGGCAACAAAGGUCGUGCCAGGAUCCGCCGCAAGAUCAGGGAGGAGAAGGGGAUCUUGACAUCAGUGGUAGAGAAAUACAACAGAAUGGUUCCAAACACUGAAACUCUGUGCUUGGAAACCAUUUUGUCUGCACUGGGAGAUGGAAGAGGCAGCAGGUGGAGGACAAGACUGUGGAAGGGAGAGAUCUGUGGGGAUAAGAGAUGGAGGAGAGACAGAGGUGGCAGAAGGUGCUGGUGAACAGAUUGAGGUUUUUGUCCUUUUCUUCCUCUGUUGCAAAGACUUAGAGCAUGGCAGUGGAGGUGGAGGUGGAGAAGACUGUGGAGGAAGAACAGCUGUAAAAGUAGUAGAAGAUGGAGGAGAGAGAGAAGUUGGAGAGUGUGGGGAAGACAGAGAAACAAGGUUGAGUAUAAAUACAGUCUCGGACUCCUUUGUGAGAUACUCCGGCUGCUCCACGGCGAGGCUCUCCGGCAGGUCCUCGGUGAGGCUCUCCGACAACUCCACGGUGAGGCUCUCCAACAGCUCCACGGUGAGGCUCUCCGACAGCUCCACGGUGAGGCUCUCCGACAGCUCCACGGUGAGGCUCUCCGACAGCUCCACGGUGAGGCUCUCCGACAGCUCCACGGUGAGGCUCUCCGACAGCUCCACGGUGAGGCUCUCCGACAGCUCCACGGUGAGGCUCUCCGACAGCUCCACGUCUCGAGUACACACUGCGGUCUGCUUUCCUGCACGUCACAUGUCAACGCCGCCACUUCCGGUCAGAAGUCUACGGGAAGCCCUGCAAGUUAAAACAUGACAACAAAGGGGUCCCAACCAAGCUUCAAUAUGUGACGAGUUGGGAGUGAGAACGUGUUGUAUGUCACAAACACAUCCAAAGAGUUUUCUACUCGUGAGAAAAGCACUUGGGUGCAUUAUCAUCAGGCUGUUUUAAAGAAAUUAAAGAAUAAAACUAAAGUUUAAUUUAAAGACAAUAGACAGCAUGACUUGCUUUAGUGACAAUGUGUUUAAAACCUUUUAAACAUGUUUAAAACCGUAGGUGUAAUUGUUUUACUGAGAAGUUUUAAGUAAAAUGUAUAGGCUAUUUGUUCUUUUACAGUACACAUACUAUCUACGGGCUAGAUUAAAAUGAAAACAUUUAUUAAAUAACUACAAAAAGUAAAAACAACAUUUUUGCUCAUACUUAAAAUUUAGUUUCCUCAGAUUUGUGUGUGUGUGUGUGUGUGUGUGAGAGAGAGAGAGAGAGAGAGUCCAAAUAAUCAGCCAAAGUGCUGAUUAUUUGUCUAAAGCAAGGCUUAUUUAAAAAUGUUUAUUUGUUUGUCUUGUCAUAUCAUGUUAUGUACUUUUCAUUUAAACAAUAUUGUUUAGCACAAUGGUCAACCAUUGUUGUUUUAUUGUGCUUUAUAAAUAAAAUGAACUGAACUGAACUAAAGCAUGAUUCUGUGCACAUCUAUAUGAGUGAAUGCUGUAAAGCCAUUAACACAAGCACAAAGAGGAUACUGUCGUCCGCUGUCAGUCAGACCCCACAAUCACCUUCACUGUCAGAAGUAAAUGGAUAGUUGGUGGUUUGAAUAAUUUUUAACUUAAGACUCCUCCUUAUAAGUUUAUCUAUUCAACCUACAGAUUAGGUUGUUCUGAUCCUACAGAGGUGUUAGCAUACACACGUUGAGAUGAUAAAGAAAAACUUGCCCGGACAUAGCACCUUUUUC